CCAAAAGAUUACAUUCUGAUAAAUGACUUUGGAAAUAUUUACGUGAAUGAGUCAUGGACGUCCGCGUAUUUCUACUAUGACGUCUCUUAUGUAUUGCUUGUAAGCGCUGAGAACAAUGUAGAUAGAGAAGAAAGACGUCGGGCAAAUACAGCAACGGUUACCUUGUUUAUUUCUGGGACAUCUACGGUAGUACCAGUGACUACAGACCGACCUUUCACGUUCAUUGAGGACAACAGGAACAUUGCAUGGCUAACAGUGGUUCUUACAUUCGGCGUGUUGUUGCUAGUUAUUGUCUGUGGUUUUAUGAUGAUGUACAGUAUCCAAAUAAAAAGGUUUAGAUGGUGUAUACCCUGGUGCCGUAAACGUCUUCUAGGAUUGAAGAGUAUGACAAGAAGAGAAAAGAGAAGGUACUACCGUGGUCUACUGCUGCAGGAAGAGAUGGAUGAGAUGAAUGAAGACUCUGAUGAUGAUGAAGAUGUUACAACUGCUCUCCAACACAGGGAGGAUGAUGACGACGAGACAGCAGCGCCACCUAUGUUGUGGGCGAGACUCAAAGCUAAAGGGGAAUUUGUAGCACGUGGUCCUACAGUCAGGAAAGCUGGUGUCCCUCGAGCAGCUGUAUACGAUGAGCCCAAACCACAACUCAAGAAAGAAACGUCGAAGAAAUUGAUGAAAUCUGAUUCAGAUUUUUGGAACAGUUAAAGAGGUACAUUAUAGAGGAAUCAAGUAAACGCAGACAAAAUAAUAACAAUGAAUAUUGGGAAGAAACUGAAGGGUCGAUAUAUAAACAAAUUAAGUUUGUUUUGUUUACAUUAAUAGUUUUAGUUCUUAUGUUUUCUGCCUAUUAUAGCGUAUUUCAAUUGUGUUAGUAUAGUAUGUCUUUUAAUUGAGUUGACAUAAACCACAAAAAGAAUGCCAGUUAAAAAAAUUAUGGCAUAGUGAAAUGAUUAAAAGGUUGUUGUUUGAUUUUUUGUUUUAAUUAUUUGGUCAACUUCAAGCUUUAUUAACACUUAUUUUAGAUACGUCAAUUAUAUUUUAGAGUGAAAAAAAAAUCACAAGAUAACGUUGCCUAAAUACAUAUACAUAUAUAUACACACAUUGUUAAAUGAAUUUCUUUGAGUCUGUAAUACUUGUAUUAGCCGUAAACUUUUAUAAGGUAAAAAAUUCAGUCAUAAACAUUCGAUAGGUAAUAAAACAUUGUAUGUGAAAUUGAACGCAACAUUAUCUCGUGUAUAUUUUCAAUCUGAAAUAUUAUUGACGUAGCCAAAAAUGUAUGCAAUGCCAUGCGAACAGUUUUAAAAAAUGAUUUGAGAAAAAAAAAAUCAAAGCACAGAAGGCGCUGAAUUUGUUUGGGUCUCAGAAUGUCAGAAAGGUGAAGGUUGUGAGAUUAUAAAACAAUUUGUUUUUGUAUAGUGCCACCAAUGCUUUCCAGCGUUUUAAUUGUAGUAGAUUGGCUAUAAGACUAAUUGCAACACUGAUAUUCAAUCCAAUGUUUAUUUGACUUAAGCAAUUUGAAAAAAAUGAGUUGCCUUAACUGGGAUUUGAACUCUAGACCUCUCGCUUCCUAAGCGGGCGCGCAAACCCCUCGGCCACUGUGAAUUUAUAUGUUAACUGCCUGAAGAAAAGCAUAUUAUUCUAUAUUAGGGUUUGUAACGACGCUAACUGUUGUUUAACACUUGUGUAAAUAAUCAUGGCGCUUACUAUAAGCAUGUAUAUCUAUAAAGAAUAAAACAAUAUUAGAAAUCUUC